CACAUGACCAUUAUGGCUGACAGCGAUGAAAACAGUCCACCCUCUUCGCCUGACCCGGGUGAAGAGUGUAGUCCACGUAUUGUUACAAUAACAAAGACAGAAACUGGGUUUGGUUUCAAUGUCAGAGGACAGGUUAGCGAAGGUGGUGUUUUGAAAUCAAUAAAUGGAACUUUAUAUGCACCUCUUCAGCACGUUAGUGCCGUGCUCGACGGUGGAGCAGCUCAAAAAGCUGGAAUUCGUAAAGGAGACAGAAUAUUAGAAGUAAAUGGUGUGAGUGUUGAGGGUUCUACACAUAAACAAGUAGUAGACUUGAUAAAAUCAGGUGGUGAUAAACUGACACUUACAGUUAUAUCUGUACCAGAUCAAGUUGCAGAAAGACUGGAACCCAGUGAUGAUUCUUCUGGUCCUUCAUACAUUGAUUAUUCUGAAAGACGCUCACUACCAAUCUCAAUACCAGAUUAUCAAACCAUAGAGCAUGCUGGAGACAAAUUUGUGGUGUUCAAUAUAUACAUGGCGGGCAGACAUUUGUGUUCAAGACGAUACAGAGAGUUUGAUUGUUUACAUAAUAAAUUAAAAAGAGAAUUUCCAGACUUUAAUUUUCCUAAAAUACCUGGAAAAAAGUUAUUUCAGUUGUCAGAGCAACAGUUGGAUGCUAGACGACGUGGAUUAGAGCAGUAUUUAGAAAAAGUUUGUGCUGUAAGAGUGCUAGGAGAAAGUGAUAUUAUGCAGGAAUUUUUAGCAUCUCCAGAAGUUGACUCUGAUAGUUCAAAUUCUGGUGUAGAAUUAAAAGUACUGUUACCAGACAGAAGAGUUUCUACAGUGACAAUACGACGGAAUGAUACAGCUGAUCAAGUAUAUGAGGCUGUGGUUGUGAAGUUGAAUAUGUCAGAUAAGGCGGCUUGUUGUUUUUAUUUAUUUGAAACUGUAGAAUAUAAUUUUGACAGAAAAUUGCAACCAACAGAAUUUCCUCAUAAUAUUUAUAUACAGAACUAUAGCACUGCCACAGCAACAUGUAUAACAUUACGAAAAUGGGUUUUCACAUUAACACAAGAGUCCUUUCUUAAUUCAGACGAUCUGGCAAUCAACUUUUUAUAUUGGGAGGCACUGGACAAGGUAAAUACUGGUCAAAUCAAAGCAGAUGAUAAAUUAUAUGAGCUCAAAUCAUUACAAGAAUCUAAUAAAAAAGUAGAGUAUUUAAAAAUUGUACGCCAUUUAGAAGGUUAUGGUGAAGUGAUGUUUCCCCACUGUGCAUGUGACUCCCGGAAGGAUGGUCAUGUGAUUGCUAUAGUAGGAACUAGUUGUUUUAAAUUACAAGCCUGUAAAUCUGAUGGUACAUUAGAGUCACAAUGUAUUGAGUUUCAGUGGAAUGAUAUAAAAGGUUAUGAUGUUGAAGAAGAAGGAAUGACUUUUAGUUUUGAGUAUGAAAGACCAGGGAAGAAAUCACGAGUUGUUCAGAUAUUAACUCCUUAUUAUAUAUAUAUGAAAGAUUGUUUCGAUCGAAUACAUGAAGAAAAAGAAAUGGAAGAAUGAUAAUUACUAUAGAUGAGUAAAUGUUUCAUCAGUGUUUAUCUAGUUAAUGUGUUAUCAUGGUUAUGGCACAUUCAGUCAAGGGCACACAGCUAUUACAUGUGAAGGACCAAUAUCUAGCAGCUUAACAAGUCAUCUGAUGUCUCAUUGGAUAGAAAACUAGACUAAGAUGUCAUCUGUCAUUUCAUUGGAAACACAAUACUAUUUUGUGAGUCAUCUCAUAAGACAUCAAGGUUCUUCCAGAGAUAUGUCAAGCUACCAUGAAAACCAAACCUGGCAUAGUGUUAAAUGUUAUAUGAGUGAAAUUUGUUCAUUUUCAAGUCACUUUAUAAACAACCAGACAAAUGUUCCAUUAUAUAUGCUUGUUUUGGUCAACUUUACUUUAAAAAGAAAAUUUUCUGCUAUAUAUUCUCAACUUCAAUAGACUCUUAAUUAGUGAAGUACAUCUCAUUAAUAGUCGUAAGUCUUAGUUACAAAAACUUACCAGGCUAUACAAAACUUAGGUCAAACAGGGGACCAGAUGAACAAAAAAAAAAGAUUUACCUGUGUUGUAUAUUUGAUAUAAAUAGAUUUACUUGUUCUUUGAGUGUACAACCUAUGUUAAGAUGAAUACUCCUACUUAAGGAACAACUUCAACUAUAAAUAUAUUCAAAUCAUAUAUCAAAGGUCAAUAGUGUCUUUCUGGUCUCACAUGUGUUGUUUGGUUGCUGUCUUGUUGACAUUUACCACUGCACAUGUCCCUUUAAGCAUUAUCCAUUUAUUUGAAGUACUGUUAACCUUUGUAGAUUACAAUGUUAUUUACAUCUUUGGUACAUUUGUAUUACAUAUUUUUUAUAAAAACUUGUCUAUGCUUAAAUAUUUAAAUUUGAAUUAUAAACAGGAAACAUCCCUAGAUGAAGGUCUGAUGUUCACUUAUAUUUUUAAAUGUUUGGGUUUGAUUCCUGAUGAAGGUUAAUCCAGAAAAGCACUGCAAUCCAAUCAAAUUUAUAAAAUGUUUACAUUUAAUGUUUAUUAUCUUCAUGAUUUAGGAAGUCCUACUACAAAACUCAUCUAUUGGGUCAAAAUGGGAAAUGGGUGUUGAGGGGGUGUAAUAAAAGAAGAAUUGGGUAUAAAGCAAGUAUUUUUUGUAUUACAAAAAAUUGUUAUUCAAGAUUUGAAAGGUAAAUUGGUGAAUGUAGUGGUUGUUGUUUUGUUAAGUUUCCUUAUAUGUGAUUUGUUAUUUAUGCAUAGAAACAAGUCAGGUUCAAAGGAUUUAUUAUUAUUGUAAAUUAUUUAUUUAUUGAUUACUGCUUGUAGAGUGGAAAUAUGGCUUAUAAUAUUGUUGAAUCUACUCAGAAGAUAUUCAGUAAGGGCUUGAGAUUUUUUCCCAACAUUUAUUAAUUUUUAUGUAAAAAAUAUUAUUAUUCUCCUUCAUUUUUGCAUAUCACAUGCAUUUGAGAUUGUUCAGUAUGUGAUAUUGUAAGAGUUCGGAACUGUACAUGUAUUAUGAUAUCUCUGCUUACUGUAGCAGAUUUGUAUAGUGAUAAUUGUGUUCAUUAGUUUUUCCAUCCUUAUGUUCAUCCACAAGUUCCACCUUUCCAUGGUACUAGAUUUCACUUAAACUUUUAGAAAAUAUUAAUAGACUUCUGUAAUCUUGGAACUCUUAUUUUAUGUAUUGAUCCAAAUGAUUUCACCAUAUAAAAAAAUAUAACUUUUCAUAUUUACAAAAGGGGGUAAGAAUCUUGUUUCUUAUUUGAUAGUCACUGUUAUUCACCAGGUUUCUAGACAUUUUAGAGCUUUACAUAUUGUAUAGAUACAUGUUUAACAUAUGUUGAUCUCUAAAUGUCUUCUGUUUUUUUUCGUGUUGAUUUGUAAACUCAUAAGUGUAUACCCCAAAGCUCCUUUAUUUGAACAGGCUAAAUUAUCUUGAAGUUUUAGAAGAAUUUUCGUUAUAUGAUGCCAUUUUGUACAUCCUCUUUUAUUUUAUUUUAUGCAAAAUAUGUUUGUUCAUUUCACAGAGUAAAACAUGGGUUUUGUCAUAUCUAUACAAAUGUGUGAUUAAGAGAUCUACUCAGUUUUUAUACGACCGCAAAAAUUAAAAAAUUUUUGGUCGUAUAUUGGUAUGACGUUGGCGGCGUCGUAGUCGUCGUCGUCGUCGUCGUCGUCGUCCGGCGUCCGGCGUCGUCCGAAGACACAUUGGUUUUCGCACUCUAACUUUAGUUUAAGUGAAUGGAUCUCCAUGAAAUUUCACCAUAAGGUUCAAUACCACGAAAGGAAGGUUGGGAUUGAUUUUGGGGGUUAUGGUACCAACAGUUAAGGAAUUAGGGGCCAAAAAGUGGCCAAAAAUAAGCAUUUUUGUAACUUUCAGACAAUAACUUGUGUGUAAGUGUAUGGAUCUCUCUGACAUUGUACCACAAGGUUCCAUAUCACAAAAGGAAGACUGUUAUUGAUUUUGGGGGUAAUUGCCUCAAAAUUUUAGGAAUUAGGGGCCAAAAAAAGGGGCAAAAAACAAGCAUUUUUCUAGUUUCAUGACAAUAACUUGUGUGUAAGUGUUUGGAUAUUUCUGAAAUUGUACUACAAGGUUCCAUAUCACAAAGGGAAAGCUGGAAUUGAGUUUGGGGGUAAUUGCCCGAAAUGUUUAGGAAUUGGGGGCCAAAAAGGGGCCAAAAAUAAGCAUUUUUCUAGUUUCCAGACAAUAACUUGUGUUCAAGUGUAUGGAUCUCUCUGAAAUUGUACUGCAAGGUACCAUACCACAAAGGGAAGGCUGGGAUUGAGUUUGGGGGUGAUGAAUCAUAAGGGGGUUCAAAAAAUUUGGGGGGGGGGGGGGGAUUUUUUUUUUUUUUUUUUUCUUUUUUUCCUUUUUUUUUUCUUUUAAAAUUUUCCAUUUUAAGUUGGUUAUUUUUUAUUUAUAUUUAAAAGCAAAUAAUAAUGAUAUGGUAGGAGAUACACACCAAACAGGAUGUGUAAAUUAUUAUAUAAUAAGUAUUGUGCAAUAGCAAGAAAUUUUCAAUUGCACAGUAUUGCACAAUAGCAAGAAAUCUUCAAUUGCACAGUAUUGCGCAAUAGCAAGAAAUCUUCAAUUGCACAGUAUUGCGCAAUAGCAAGAAAUAUCCAAUAGCACAAUAUUGCGCAAUAGCAAGAAAUUGUCAAUUGUACAGUAUUGCGCAAUAGCAAGAAAUAUUCAAUUGCACAGUAUUGUGCAAAAGAAGAUACUUCGUAUAAAUUGCUUAUUUCUUGAUCAAUUUCAAUGGGGUUUUAUUCUUGAAUUCUUGGGGUUCUUUAAUAUGCUGAAUCUAACCGUGUAUUAAGUUUUUGGAUUUUGGGCCCCGUUUUUAAAUUGGUCCACAUUGAGGUCCAAAGGGUCCAAAAUUUAACUUUGUUUGAUUUCAUCAAAAAUUGAAUUAUUGGGGUUCUUUGAUAUGCCGAAUCUAACCGUGUAUUUAAAUUUUUGAUUAUGGGCCCAGUUUUCAAGUUGGUACAAGUUGGGUCCAAAAUUAAACUUUGUUUGAUUUCAACAAAAAUUGAAUAUAUGGGGUUCUUUGAUAUGCUGAAUCUAAACAUGUAUUUAGAUUUUAGAUUUUUGGCCCAGUUUUCAAGUUGGUCCAAAUUGGGGUCCAAAAUUAAACUUUGUUUGAUUUCAACAAAAAUUGAAUAUAUGGGGUUCUUUGAUAUGCUGAAUCUUACCAUGUAUUUAGAUUUUUUAUUUGUGGGCCCGCUAUCAAAUUGGUUCAUAUUGAGGUCAAAAGGGUCCAAAAUUAAACUUUGUUUGAUUUCAUCAAAAAUUGAAUUAUUGGGGUUCUUUGAUAUGCCAAAUCUAACCGUGUAUUUACAUUUUUAAUUUUGGGUCCUGUUUUUUAAAUUGGUCUACAUUAAGGUCCAAAGGGUCCAAAAUUAAACUUCGUUUGAUUUUAACAAAAAUUGAAUUUUUGGGGUUCUUUGAUAUGCUGAAUCUAAACAUAUGUUUAGAUUUUUGAUUAUGGGACCAGUUUUCAAGUUGGUCCAAGUUGGGGUCCAAAAUUAAACUUUUUUUGAUUUCAACAAAAAUUGAAUAUAUGGGGUUCUUUGAUAUGCUGAAUCUAAACAUGUAUUUAGAUUUUAGAUUUUUGGCCCAGUUUUCAAGUUGAUCCAAAUUGGGGUCCAAAAUUAAACUUUGUUUGAUUUCAACAAAAAUUGAAUAUAUGGGGUUCUUUGAUAUGCUGAAUCUUACCAUGUAUUUAGAUUUUUUAGUUGUGGGCCCGCUAUCAAAUUGGUUCAUAUUGAGGUCAAAAGGGUCCAAAAUUAAACUUUGUUUGAUUUCAUCAAAAAUUUAAUUAUUGGGGUUCUUUGAUAUGCCAAAUCUAACCGUGUUUUUAGAUUUUUAAUUUUGGGUCCCGUUUUUAAAAUUUGUCUACAUUAAGGUCCAAAGGGUCCAAAAUUAAACUUAGUUUGAUUUUAACAAAAAUUGAAUUCUUCAGGUACUUUGAUAUGCUGAAUCUAAACAUGUGUUUAGAUUUUUGAUUAUGGGACCAGUUUUCAAGUUUGUCCAAGUUGGGGUCCAAAAUUAAACUUUGUUUGAUUUCAACAAAAAUUGAAUAUAUGGGGUUCUUUGAUAUGCUGAAUCUAACCAUGUAUUUUGAUUUUGGACAUUGGACCAUAAUAGGUAAAUUAAAAAAAUUGAAGUUCUUAGACCACAUUCUUUCUGUGUCAGAAACCUAUGCUGUGUCAAAUAUUUAAUCACAAUCCAAAUUCAGAGCUGUAUCAAGCUUGAAUGUUGUGUCCAUACUUGCCCCAACUGUUCAGGGUUCGACCUCUGCGGUCGUAUCAAGCUGCGCCCAGCGAAGCAUUUUAUUCCAGUUGAAAUCAUGAAUUUUUUUUUCUUCUUAAAUUAUGGUUCAUAAAGUUUCAUGUAAAUUAUUUUUUGCAAAAUGUGAAAUACAAUGAGUUGUAUAAUUUGUAAUAUAAUUAUUACACAAACAGAGUAUAAGUGCUUUGAUAUUUUAAGAAUGAUAUGUAAUUGUUUACACCAAAUGUAUAUGAUAUUGGUGUGCCAAAACACUGGGCACUUGUUCACAGCAAUAAAAGUUUUAUGAUGAAAUGAACUUGGAAGAUAGGACAAUAUUUCUAAUAGGGUAAUAAGGAUUUCUAUUUGGUAAAAUCUUACUGUUUUAAUAAUAAAUGUAGCAGUUAUGUUCCAACAUUUUAAUCAGUUUCUGUUAUUUAACACCUUAAAAAUAGUUGCAAGUCAAAAUUGAUGAUUUAUAUUUUAGAUUGAAAAAUUGUUCCCUGUGAUUUUUGUUGAGCCUGCGACUUUUGUCGCAGAAAGCUCGACAUAGGGAUAGUGAUCCGGCGGCGGCGGCGUUAGCUAACUUCUUACAAGCUUUAUAUUUUAGAAGGUGGAAGACCUGGAUGCUUCAUACUUUGUAUAUGGAUGCCUCAUGUUACGAAGUUUCCGCCUGUCACAUGUCUAAUGUCCUUGACCUCAUUUUCAUGGUUCAGUGACUACUUGAAAAAAAAGUUAAGAUUUUUUGUAAUAUUAAAUUCUCUCUUAUUAUAAGUAAUAGGAUAACUAUAUUUGGUAUGUGCGUACCUUGCAAGGUCCUCAUGCCUGUCAGACAGUUUUCACUUGACCUCAACCUCAUUUCAUGGAUCAGUGAACAAGGUUAAGUUUUGGUGGUCAAGUCCAUAUCUCAGAUACUAUAAGCAAUAGGUCUAGUAUAUUCGGUGUAUGGAAGGACUGUAAGGUGUACAUGUCCAACUGGCAGGUGUCAUCUGACCUUGACCUCAUUUUCAUGGUUCAGUGGUUAUAGUUAAGUUUUUGUGUUUUGGUCUGUUUUUCUUAUACUGUAUGCAAUAGGUCUACUAUAUUUGGUGUAUGGAAUGAUUGUAAGGUGAACAUGUCUAGCUGGCAGGUGUCAUCUGACCUUGACCUCAUUUUCAUGGUUCAGUGGUUAUAGUUAAGUUUUUGUGUUUUGGUCCGUUUUUCUUAUACUGUAUGCAAUAGGUCUACUAUAUUUGGUGUAUGGAAUGAUUGUAAGGUGUACAUGUCUAGCUGGCAGGAGUCAUCUCACCUUGACCUCAUUUUCAUGGUUCAGUGGUUAUAGUUAAGUUUUUGUGUUUUGGUCUGUUUUUCUUAUACUUCAUGCAAUAGGUCUACUAUAUUUGGUGUAUGGAAUGAUUGUAAGGUGUACAUGUCCAACUGGCAGGUGUCAUCUGACCUUGACCUCAUUUUCACGGUUCAUUGCUCAGUGUUAAGUUUAUGUGUUUCAGUCUGUUUUUCUUAAACUAUAAGCAAUAGGUCAGCUAUAUUUGGUGUAUUGAAGGAUUGUAAGCUGUUCAUGUCUGCCUGGCAUGGUUCAUCUGAACUUGACCUCAUUUUCACGAUUCAUUGGUCAAUGUUUAGUUUUCUUGGUUAAGUCUGUUUCUUAGAAACUAUAAGCAAUAGGUCAACUAUAUUUAGUGUAUUGAAUGAUUGUAAGGUGUACAUGUAUUUCUCUCGUUUGGUUUAUAUGACCUUGACUUCAUUUUCUUGGAUCAUGUUAAGUUUAUGUAAUAGUUGUAGUAAAGCUUUCAUUUAGGACUAUCAACAUAAUAUCAAUGGUUAGUAAAGAAGGCGAGACAUUUCAGCGUGUGCACUCUUGUUUAAAUUAUGUGGAGGUCUUGGUUUCCAAUAAGGUUUUCCUAAGCUCAUAUAAACAGAUGUUUGUCUUAGUGAAAUGAUGUGCAAUUGAACACAGGCCAAAUGAGCAAUAUAUAUUAUUGAUAUUACUUAAUAAAAUGGACAAAGAGUAAGUUGAAUUGUUUUGUAAUUUGUUAUGAUUUGUUGCUUAUAAUUGUUGAUAUUGCUGCAGUAUGAUAAAUAAGAUAUUUUGGUGUCCACACCAUGAUUUAUCACACAGAAAAUAAAGUGCUAUAAAUUUCUUCUUUAUUUAUAAGUAUGUAGUAGAUGUACCAUAUGUUGUACAAUUAAAGUGCAAUAAAAUUGGCAUGCCAUAUUAAUUUGUAAAAACUGAUGUUUCUUCAUUUAGCUGUUAUGUUUUUUUUGUGUAAUCUUGUAUAAUUUUGAUGUUACUGUACUUAAUCCAGAUGAAACCUUAGAGUAUUAAGAAUGUUAACAGCAUAAAACUGAAUUCCAAUUAAGUUCAGAAUUUGCUCAAACUCUCCCUUUUUUCAGAAUUUUACAUUUAGUUUAGUCCACAAGUCAUUUUCCUCAGCUGAUUUUUGUAAAUGAAUGCCAAAUAUUUUAGAAGGAUUUUCAUUUCACACAUUUCCAUAAUGUCAGGCUACUCACAAAAAAAUUAUUAAUUAUAGUUUAUACAUGAGUCUCUGGGAGGGCCAAUGGUAUCAGACCCUAAAAUGUUCAAAUACAUAUCAAUAAAAACAUUUUUCAUCUAAACUUUGCUUAAAUGUAGGAGGCUUACUGCUUUGGAUAUGACAAGAACAUUUGGCCAGAAUGAGAUUCUUGAUAUACAUUAUUUAUUUCUCUUUAGUAUUUAAUUGUUGCAAUUGGCAUUGACUUGGAGGUUUUUAUAUACUAAAGUAUAUGAAUUUAAUUUUCAACAAAAUUUCUUGUUUUCAUUAGCUUAUUAUAUUUUAUAGUAAUAAGUAAAGAUUUGUAGCCAUUUUCACAAAAUAUUUUAAUAAAAAAAACCAUUAAGUCUUAAAGUUUAAUUUUGUGAAAAUAAACAUUGCUGGCACUACUGAAUGCAAUAAGGUUUAACAUUUUUUAUAAUUAUUUCAUUCAUUUCCAUAAUCCAUUAUAAAAUGGAACAAAAUUGUCAGUUUGGUUUCCAUCUCUGAAAAAUGAACAUUUUGUUUGGUUUUUUUUUUGGUAAAGAACAAAAAUUGUUGUGAGUCAUUUCACAGCUAAAAACUCCGUUUGUAACUGUUACCAAAGAAACAUCAGUGGUUCGAUAGAAUACAUAUAUUAUAGAACAAUAAUCAUAAGCACUGGUGCUGUUUAUAUUACCAUAUAUAUAUAUAUAUAUGUAUUGUAACUUUUACUGUGAACUUUUCGCACAUUUUUCCCCAUAAACAGAAUAUCAAAUUCAGGUCAGAUUCAUUUAACUUUUAGUAUUUACAUAUUUGUAUUUUUAUGUUGUGUUUCUUGCCACUUAAAGACAUCAGUAUUAAGAUAUUAGAUUUGAAGGUAUAUUAUGUGGCUUUUUCUUGCUCUGUAAAUUCACCAUAUCAAAUAAAAAAAUCGUAUGAUUCCAUUACUAAUCAAAUUCUUUUAACUUUAGAAGAAAGCUUUUAAGAAAACGAAAAUAUUAGUCAAGCGUUACUCACACAAUUUGACUUGACAAAUGCGAUUUUGCAAUUUAACUGAAUUUACUAUCAAUAUGUGGCUGUCGUAACUCAUGAAAAAGGUAUAUUAUUUACUCCAGCUGCAAUGUCAUCCUUUAUUCAAAUCAGAUUCAGUUUGAAAUUCAUUUGACAUAAGAGCUUAUUUGGCACAAAAUCGUACCUUCAUUUUCUAGUUUAAUUGGAUGUCAUUCACCAUCAUAGCAUAUAGACACACGAUUUCAACUAUUAAUAUUAUUAUUUGUAGACUUCUUAUCACUACAGAAUGUUGAUCAUAUUCAACAUUUUUAUUUUGUGAAAAAUAUUGAAAACAUUAAAGAGUUUAAUGACAACAGUAUAUUUGAUAAAGAUUUUGUUGUGAAUACUACUAUUCUUCAUUUGGAUAAUGUUAGCAAGUGAGUAUGUUGUAAAUCAAACCUGGGAUAAAGUAUGUUCAGCAUCAGAUGUAGGAUAUGAUGAAUUAGCAAUAGGAAGAAAGGAACAAGAUAAUAUUACAUUUUUUGCUUUAAUGAUAAUGGUGAGAUUUUCUUAAUGUUUAUGAACAUCCAUCCUUCAUUUAUAAAAAUGGAAGGUUGUCUGUAUGAUAAUAUGACGAUGUUCAGAAUAUAUUUACAAUCUACAGAUAUUUAUAUAUGUAGUAUUAGACAAUAUGAUGCAAAAUCAAAAUCUCAUGUUAGAUGAUCUAGACACACUGAUAAAAAAUUAUAUUUUAAAGUACUAGAUACUUGGAAAUGUGAUAGAUACAAUCUUUAAGUAUAUGUGUAUAACAAUGUGACAAAGAAAAUUAGAUUUUAUAACAAAGACUUCUCAUCCAAUCACCAUAUUUCUUGCAAAAGACACAAUCUGUGCAAGAUGCUACAAGAGAUAUAUAAAAAAAAAAUUUCAUUUACUAUUUUGGCUUAAUUUUUAAACUGUAAAUAUAAGAAUUUCUAUAUUUGAUGAAUUUUGAUACACAAUGAUCUCUCUGUCAAAGUAUAUAAAUAUUUGUUGUUGAUAAAACUGGUUCAUUCAUGGUUUUGAACGUCUUUCUUUUCCCAAUGAAAUUAAAGUGAACUCUUAGAAACACAUGCAUUGUUAACAUUGAAACGUACAAGUAUUGGCAGAAUUUCAUCUAAAAGAGCAAUUGUUUACUUAUCACACAAUUCAUGUGCUACAAAAACUUCCCUUACAGUUCUGUUAAAAAAAAGAUACACAUGUAUGAAUGGAAUUAUUUGUUGUAAAUGUGAUAUGUGUUUUAGAAUGUCUGUGAUUCAUGACAGAGUUACCUCCUCCUACUACAUUUCCUUAUAAAGAUGUUAUGUUAUAGUAUUGUUAUCAUUAAUUGUAAAUAAAAUAAUUAAACAGUAAUAUUAAACUCA